UUUUAACCCUCUUGAAUUUCAACUUUUAAUUCAUAAAAAAAUGCAUUUUGUAAAUGUCUGCUCAGCAAUGCGUGACAAUGAAAACGUUUCACUGUCACAGCGAGCAGGAAGUCACGACUCGAUGACCAGUGUUGGCUCUUCAAGUGAAAGGCUAUAAUAAAGCGCAGACUAACUGCACGUUGUAAAAACACCACAACACCUAAAUGUGUCAGCAACACUCGUACUGGUUGACACUUAACAGUUAACACCCCGGAGUGGAACUUCCGAGCACUAGCGGCACGACGUACUUUCCCAGUGGGCUGGCGAUAUUUUCACCAAGCUCAGAUGUAAACGUAACCUGUACAGACCCCCUUGUCUUGCUUGACCCACUAACCACAGAUGACUGAAGCUGCUGAAUGUGACUUUGGUGGUGACGCCCCCACAUGAGGGGAUGUGUUUUUCAGGAAGGAUGUGAUGUCAGAGCUCUUACAAUGACACCCUCGUGUGCAGAGGCAGAUUAAAGUGCCCUGCGAGAAAAAGCAGCCCCCAGAGGAGUGCAAAGAACGGUGAUCGCCAUGAUAAACGCUCAUUGUAAAGAGUAUUAGACAAAGUGAAAAUAAGUAGUCCCGGAAUGAAACAAAUUCUGUCACAACUGGCACACUGUUAUCGUUGUUUGACUCACACGGAGGCUGAUGUCAGCCUACAUGUGAUUACACACAUACACUCAUUUACCAGCAGAGUGAAUGUCAUUACUACGGUACUCUACUGUGCUUACCGAUCAAACUGAAAUGUAUUUCCCGAGUCAGUAUGUUAAUAGAGCUAUUGGGGUUUACUCCGCUUCACAGCUGAAUUUAGAGGGAGGUUGCAGGGUAAGUGUGGGAGGUGUUUCUUGCCCAAGGGAUGUGUGGGCAGGUGAGGUGCUGAGUUUUUGACAUCACAGUCUCUGAUGACCUACGUGAGCUCUUACAGUGGGCGAGCCCUUCUACGCUGAAGCUGAAGCCUUAGAAGGUCAAAGGCGAAGUCUGUCAAAUGUCAUUCGUGUAUCAUGAGAUCAUGGUGCGUUAGACAUAAUGUGUGGCUUUGUGUGAAUUGGAGCUGAGUCAGAGGAUGAGACGCACCAACCCCGAGUGAGUAUUUUUUUUUUUUUUUUUGCUUGUCUCAUCAUUAGUAAGCAAAUUUUCCGUUUUCCAAAAGUCCAAAAGCACGUACUGUAAGGAAACACCUUUCAACUGGUUUUUGGGAAUUGUCACGAUGCAAAUCAUCAACAAAAGCCACUUAACAAGGGUAACCUUUAGGCCAGUCACACUUUCAAUUUGGCACAGUGAAGCACAGAAGUCACUGCACUUUUUGUUUCCGUUUCCCUUUCACUGUGAUUACCUAUGACCACCGCUCAUUUGGUCAUGAUAGCAGAUGAUGACAGAAAAGAAUGGGAAAUUUAAAACUUUUCAGUGCCCUUUAGCUUUACUCGUGACUCUGGGCAGUGAUGACUCAUCAACCCACAAUUCACAUUGUGACCUGAUAUUAUGCGCUCAAUAACAAGCUGCUUCCUCCAUUAGAAAUUGUAUGAUAUCUUAAGUUUUCAUUUUUGAUAUCUCUGUUUAUAACUCUUAGUAAUCUCUAUUGUUCCACCAAUGACAGCUAAACAAAAGCAGGAAAGCCCAUCCUUUUACAAUGACAUCAGCUUAAGCUUUGUUUAAUAAACAUACCCAAUAUAACUAUACAACUAUAGUGAAUGAAGCACAUGAAAGAGGCCAGGAAGAUUACAAGUAAAAGAUCAAUUAACCUAUUUCACUUAACAUUUACUUGGGUGUAAUAAGUAAAACUACUCUAGUACAAAAAAAAAAAAAUCCUUUCUGAAAACAUUAAGCAACAUUUGGCCACAGUUAAAGAUCCAGAGAUGUGCCAUCCACACCACGAAAUGCCUCUCUCACUAAAGGAUAAGUUCACCCAAAAAUUAAAAUUCAGUCACUUUCUACUCACCCUCAUGCCGAGGGCAAAUCAAGUGAUGUUUUGUAGUCCACACAAUAUUUCUGGGGCUUCACAGCUAAACGGUAUCCUCCUUAACAAAUGAAGUUGAUGGGGACUUGUUUUUAAAAACUUGAAAAAAACAUUAUAUGGCUCCUACAGCCUGUCUGGCAUAAUCCAGGUCUGUGGACGCCCAGAGAUCACAAACUGAAUUGAAAUUUUGCACCAAAUUAUAUUUAGUUAUGCAUAAUUAGGGGCGUUGCUGCUUUGACAGGUAGCCAUGAGCCAUAUGGUUGGCAUCACCCCAGCUAACAGGGUGCCUACUGUAAUGACAGAGACUUGUUUAUAGUUUUCAUUGACACACCCAGGAGUCAUGGCUUGAACAGGUAUGCAGUAGUGACGCUAAGGUAAAAGUACAUUGUUUUCACUUGAGUUCAUUAACCUAGGUUUACCCUAUAGGACCUAAUUUCAGAAAAACCUUGUACGAUAGUGAACAGAGAGAGACAAAUAAUUUAUUUAAUCCGGUUUGAACUGUGCCAUGAACAACACAUAAGAGGUUUUUCAAUUUUAAAGAUUUACUCAUGAAUGAGCUCAGACCUCCACAUUCUAUUUGUCAUCUACUUCUGCUGUUCAGCAGAACGUUGCAGUGCUGCUGUCAGCAAUAAGCUCCAGAAAACAUUCAUUUAUUGCAUUAUUUUUUUUUUUCUAACACACCCACUGAACUUUGGUUGCCAGCAUGUAAGUGGUGAGUCUGAAUUAAGGUCAAAGCAGAUGCCGUUCUCACUUAAGUCCCUUCAUCUAGACAGGUUUGAACAAGUCCAUGCUGUUAUCUAAUAUUUACAGGAUCUACUUCUUAGUAAGAGUCACUUGCGCGAAUUCCACAAGACUAUCUGGUUACCAAUUAAAUGUACAAAGUGGACCUGAUGUGACAGAUACAACAAAGAAAACAAAAAGAUAAGGGAGGUGGCACAAAAGCAGCAGUUGGGUAGAGGGAAGAGAGCUAAAUAUUGUAACCAGGCUUGUUCUUAAUGUUCUUUAUUUUAUUUUGCUGGUUAAACAACUCCUGCAUCUUGCCAUUUUGAUAUUUCUAAUCUUGCUGUGUUUGCUUUCACACUAAAUAAAAAAUAAGUUAUAUCUUUGUAAAAAAAAAAAAAAAUUGUUAGCAAACAAUUUAUAUUUAUGAUUUUAUAGUUCACAGCGACAGUUUGUUGACAGUUUAUGUUUUUUUUAUGUUGGGUUAUUUUCCAUGCUACUCAUCUGAAUCUGAUCAAUAUUAAUGAAGUCACUCUUAGUCACGCCCCCCAGUUUCAGAAGUAUGGGUAUGAAAAAGCAUGCUCAGCUGGCUGUGUGGUGAGUAAGUUUGAGCGCACUGAGCCCACAACAGCACAGAGAGACUACUUCACAUGACAUUACUCAUUUUUUCAACUUCAUGACAUUACUGCUGAGUGGCUCUAACUUGAGAAGAAUAUAAAUGGUGCUUGUUUACUGAGGACUACAGCUUCAGAUUUAGAAAUAACAAAAAGGAUUAAAAUAAUUUAGGUGCCUGGGAUAUUUUCUUGAACUUGGAUUACCUCACAUUUGCCCUGAGGCUGGGAAGUUGACAACAGUAUGGCUGUGAUCCUUUGGGUGCUGGGUGUCUCUCUGCUCAUGCAGGUAUGUUUGUGCCGUCCUGGACAAACUGCCAUUGGCUGCAUGACAUGGAGACAAAGUGGAGACAAUGUUUGCUGUGAAGCCUGUCAUCCUGGAAACCGCCUGGUCAGUGAAUGUGGUCCAAAGCCACAGGACCUUUGUAAACCUUGUGAGCCAGACACAUAUACAGUGGAUCCUCUACGCCUCAGUUGUUCGAGAUGUAACCAGUGUGUAGGUGCCCAUGUCCUACUGAAAGAAUGCACAACCAUGACUGACACACAGUGUGGCUGUAAAGAAGGACUCAUCUGUGGUGAUCCCUCCUGUACCUUCUGUGUCAUGAAGUGUAACAAAGGUCAGGAACCCACGAAGGAUCGUUCAUGCAGACCAUGUCCGGAGGGAACCUUCAAUGACCAAAUUCACCAGAAGUGCAAACCUUGGAGUACCAAGUGUCCCAAACCGGAUGAUAAGAUCGUGGCCAAGGGAAAUGCAACCUCUGACAUCAAGUGUGACUCUGGACCGACUGAUGACCCUAAACCUUCAAAAGGACCUGCUCCCCCAGAACAGGCAUGGCCGUUGGUCUUAUCCGUGAUUACCAGCGUAGUCUUCGGCCUCACCAUCGUGAUCAUUGUUGUGACCCUGAAAAUCCACCAGAAAAGAAAAACGCGCAAAAUUGCAACAUCGAAAAAGCCGAUAAUCGUGAACCCUACAGCUUCUUCAGAUGACCCUCAGACAUUAAUUGCAAUUGAGUGCAGUUUCCAUGAGGCCCAGCAAGAGCAGGGGAGCAGCUCAGAGUCACUCGCCUCCAAGGACUCCUCCGAGCAGCUUAUUGGAUGACGACCCUGAAACACCUGUGGAGGUUCCAUUGAAUUUGGUGAAAGGGAAAAGAAAGGAAAAAAAACAAACAAAAAACAAGGAUUUCCGGAAUACGAUAGGGCCUUUCUUUGUGAUACAAAGUUUUGAGGAUGUCCUUGCUCGACUCAAAGUGCAACAAAAGGAGCACUUUGUUCACCCAGCUGUCUUUUAUCCACCCUCUUUUAUAUGAAUAAGCAAAGCAACUGUGAGAAUACUGAUGGGUUGAAUAUGAGGUAGCAUCGUGUUGUGAAAUUACCAGGAUACAAUUCUAGCAAUCUCUUGAUAACACAGUGAAUAGACACAGGGGAGGAAGGGGAAUUCUGAGAGGGGAAAAAACAAAGUGGACUUACAACAGCCUAUUCAUCAUGUAAAUUAUAGCCAUCAUGGAGGCUGUGUUUUUUCCCUGGCAUUAAUCUUGACAGUCCUCAAAUAUCUGACAGGCUUUGAAUUAUAUGGUUGAAUUAAUUGAUCAAGAUCAUAGCCUUUAGAAGCCACUGGAAACAAAUUUGUUUUUCUUUUUAAGUUCUUCCGUUUUUUUAGUUUUUUUUUUUCAAGUAGUUGAACUUUGGCCAAUACACUGUUAAAUAAUACUGUGAUGCAUGAAUGAGUGGGAGAGAGUUUCAUAUCUCUGCACAUUUGCAUGUCUGAGCGGUAAAGCUGCUCUGUGUGGAUGUACAGUGCAAGCGCGGGAGGGUGUUCAGCUGUGUCUGACGUCAGCUUUCAGCCAUGUCCAUUGCUGAGCCCACAUACGACUCCUAAAAUAGAAUACGAGAUUCAUUUAACUCAGGCUCCAAUUCUCCAACUAGUGUUUACUGCUGAAAUUGUAUAUUUAUGACCAGGUUAUGUUGCAGCAACCAAACUGGAACAAUGAUGUCUUAUAUGUGACUUUUUUAUGGUGAAACAGGAUUUAUCAGUGGAUAGCUUGUUACUUUUUUUGUAUGUUAUGGUUUAUUAUUUAAAUGUUUUUGAUUGUAGACUACUUGUGAUAUAUUGUGAAAAUAGUAGUGCACAGAAGACACUAGCUUUGUGUACUAUUGUAAAUGUCAGGCGACAAUCAGACUGAAGAGAGUGUGGUAUAUAACCUCCUCCACCCUACUACCAGGAACUACAUGGACUUUCCUGCUCUUGUUUUAUUGGUGUCAAAAAGUCCAAUGAAGGGACCUUCCCUUUUUGUUACAAGCUAAUUCUACACCAUGUUAUGAUAAAGGGAGCCUACAGUACAGUACAGAAUCUGCCCAUCUACACUAUUGUAGAUAAGAGCUGGUUCUGGUUCAGUAGCGUUCAUCUCAAGUUGAGGCAUGCCCCCUGAGAGCUUGGCAAACACCGAGAGUAAUCUUUGGAUAAAAUGGCAGAUCAUUUUGUUACUCAUGUGCUUUGAAUGGAUUGCCAAGAUUCCUAUUAAGUGCAUCACAUGAAUACCUUGGGGAAAAGAACAUGACAGAAAGCAGCUGUUUGAUAAAACAAUAUUCAAGGGUCAUGUGGAAACCCCCCUGUACUCAGUCCUGUACUCCUUAUUGUUGUGAAUAUCAUUUAGUACAGUGUAGUAGGCAGCAAGAUGAGACCAAGUGGAACUUUUUUUUUUUUUUUUUAAAAAACAUGUCUUUUAUGAACUGUAGCAGGCCUAUCUUGACAUGGAAGAUCUGAGUCAUGCGCUGUGUGGGCUCAGGGUUGAAAAUGUUAGCCCACACCUAUAGUCACUAUAUCGGUGCGUUGGUAUGAGUCACAGCUCAAGAAGUCUGUUAAAAGACCACAAGGUUCAGGUACUGCCUUGAGCAGAGAAGCCAAAGUAUGAUCAUUAAACAUUUUCAUGAGAACUGCAGCACUUUAUUUUACCUGUCAAUGGUUACCUGAAGCACUGGUUUGUUGAGGUGAAUUUAUCCUUCUGCCUUUGAUGUUUAUACAUGACUUUUGUUUUUUUAUAGCGGUUUUCUUUGUACUUUAUUUUAAUGACUUUUCAAAAUGGCCAAUAAAAAAAGGAUUUGUUUUAUUUUUA